AUGGCAGAAAAUCGCAAAGAGGAAAUCGAAAUUCUGAAUGUGGAAUCCGGAGCGCUCAUGGCUCUUAUUGAUUUCUGUUACUCCGGAAGAAUACGGAUCAGCGACAACAAUGUGCAUAGCAUUUUACCUGCUGCUUGCUUGCUCCAGUUGAGCGAAGUCCAGAGCUCCUGCUGCAAGUUCCUCAAGGACAUUAUGGAUUGGAAAAACUGCUUGGAAAUACGAGCGAUUGCCGACACUUAUACAUGCCGAAGACUUCUUCGCAGCGCUAAGAGUUACAUUCUGCAUAACUUCCAGUACGUCGUUGGCAAUGAGCAUUUGUUGGCAGAACAUGGUGCAGGAAUGAAAGCGAAUUCGGUGAACACUAAGGUCGAGAUGCAAGAUGGGGUGCACAUUCUUGAAUAUCAGAGUUCUGCUCACUAUCUAUUCUUUUUCACCCUGUUGGCAGAACAUCGUGACGUGCUAAGUGAUGUGACUCUGGUUGCAGAGGGAACGCGAAUCAGGGCUCAUCGAAUCGUGCUUUCUACAUGUUCAGAUUAUUUCAAAGCCAUGUUUACAAAUAACAUGGCAGAAAAUCGCAAAGAGGAAAUCGAAAUUCUGAAUUUGAGCGAAGUCCAGAGCUCCUGCUGCAAGUUCCUCAAGGACAUUAUGGAUUGGAAAAACUGCUUGGAAAUACGAGCGAUUGCCGACACUUAUACAUGCCGAAGACUUCUUCGCAGCGCUAAGAGUUACAUUCUGCAUAACUUCCAGUACGUCGUUGGCAAUGAGCAUUUCUAUGAACUUCCUCUGAAUCAGCUUAUUGAAUUCAUUUCUAGUGAUGAGCUAAGUGUCCGUUCAGAGGAGCAGGUUUUCGAUGCAGUUCUUCAGUGGAUUAAGUUCGACCUGCCAGUAAGGCGGAAACUUCUUCCAAAGCUGUUGGAGCAUGUGCGACUUCCGCUUUGUUCUCCGAAAUUUCUGGCCAUUACACUGAGUGAAAACGACUUGGUAACGGGUGAUGCAGCUUGCCGAACUCUUCUUGAUGAAGCAAAAACUUAUCAACUUCUGAAACUGUCUUCACCUGAGCCACCAGACGUUCAAGGGCCACCACUCAACCGCGUAAGCCACCCAGAGUUUCGUGAAAUAAUUGUAACGCUGUGGGAAGACACACAAGGAAGAAGCCCUUGA